AAGAAGCUGACUGAAAAUGGGAGAUAAAUUCUCAAAGUUGAAUCCCGUUGGUAUUGAAGUUCCUGAAGUUGAGUUGGAUUUGAUUUAUUUGACACGACACGCUGAAAAAUGGAGAGACAAAAUCGAAAGCUUAUUAGAAAAAAUAGAAAUCAGACAUAUCAAGCCGAGGCAAAGACGUAUUGGAGAGAAAAUUGGAAAUAAAUGGAUUGGAGUAUGUGAGGCCAAGUUCGACGGUCACAUCGACGUCAAACAAUCAAUACCACAAAAGAACCUUCCAGAAGCAAGCGCAGAAUUUCCGGGAAUGGUGAUCUUGAUCGGCGAACAAUCAAAAAGAGAAAGUUAUGGUACAAAAUAUGACAUAAGAUCAUACUAUCCUGACAAGCGAGUACAAUACCUAACAAUAGCGUACUUCCCGGAUGACACAUUUAGGGCUAGACGAGCGGUCAUUGCAUUAAUUAACGGAGAUGCAAUAAACGGAGAUAGAAAUGAGUACCUUAUAGUAGAUGAAAAUUCAGAAAUACAGGUUGGGAAGUUCAACCAGGCUCAGGACAUAUGUUACAAAGGAAUUAAAAAUGCAGGAAAAUUGACAGAAUCCUUUUUGAUGCAGAAUUUUCCAGAACUUCAGUCCAGAUUUAUAGCAGGUUCAUUGGGACAAUAUCUAAUGGAAAAUACGUGUUCUUUAACACACAAGUCUCAGUUUUCCCAAGAAGAGAUGUUUCUCCUAACGAUUGGUGAAGACUCUAUUUGUUUUGUUGUUUAUGAUAUCAAAGAGACAUCAAAUCUCGUCUUACUUAACAAAAACGAAAGGCUAAAUGAAAAAUCACAUAUAAUCAUGGAAAAAGAUGGCAUAAAUGAAAGCUGUGCCAUCAAUAAUGUUGCUGUGAAAGACAUACAAAAUUUUGCCAAGGAAUUAUCUUCAGCAGUAGAUGUCGUCAUAAAAAUUCAAGAUGAGAUUGGGCAAACUUUCGUAAAGUCUUUCCUGGAAUCAAAAGUCGAAGGAGUGCAAUUUCAGUUUUUGAGACCAAGAAGCAUACCAGAGCAUUCUUACAUUUUAGUGUGCUCUGCAAAAUGCAGAGAUAAUAUUUAUGAAGAUGCUAAAAUCCCAAAAGAUUAUAAAUCCAUGCUUUUGGUUGUCCAUGAUUUGCUUGAAGAAGAAAAAUUUGAAGGGUGUGAAGAAAAUUGUACUCCAACAGUCCAAAUACCUGCAUUGUUUGACGAAUCUAGCUUUGAUGAUAUAUUUUAUCUUAAUCAGACAGCAAAGAAUGAAAUGCACAAUCUGUUGACGAAGUUAAACACAGUUGAACACAUCGAAAAGGGAAGCAAGGAUAUCACAGAAGAGGAAUUUGAAAAAACUGAUACUUCCUUCCUACCUAGAGAAAAACGAAGAGUUAAUAUUAAAUAUCUGUCAGAUUUACCGCGGAAAGCUUUCUCUGAUUUUAUAGACAGGAACAUAGCAACAAUAGAACCAAUCUGGAAGAAGGGAGAAGAACCCGUGGAGGAAGGUUCUCUCUGUAUUGUUGUCUGCUUCACCUUGUCGCGUCUCCUUGAUGAUAUUUCAGCUGUCGUCAAUAUAUCUCCACAAGGUUGUACCAACAUGCUUGUUGUUAUCCAGAACUGUCGGGAAGGAAUUUCCCCAGGACCAUUGCUGAAGCACAAUCCAGACAAUUUUUUUACAGACUUUACCAAUAUCUUGUACGGAGACGGAGAAUGUUAUGAGUGCGAUAUUAAUUCAGAAGCUAGCGAAAAAAUCCAAGCAUUCAUCGACAGCAACUAAUGUUACUUACGGAGAGACACCACAAUCAUGUACUUUAAUGAACCGGGCCUUCACAAGUUGACCUAAAGUGUUUUUUUAAAUUUUGAUAUUUGUCAACAUAGUUUGAAGGUGAUUGCAUUUAUUCCUCGUUCAUAUGUUUUCUUUAUACCCAAAUAAAAUCUGCCAAAGUUUUGUAGAAUAGUCAGGAGAAGGAUCCUUACAUCGGAAAACUUUAAAAAGAUCUCACUAAAUUUAUAGGUUUAAAGAGUUAAUUGCAAUUUCACUUUUUUCUGAUUUCAAAAAGAAGGAUAAACAGUGUUUGUUUCCCUUUGAUUAAAAUGUUUGAACUCAACAGUGAGGCAUGUACCUAAUCUUACGUUACAUAUAUUGAAAUCAGAUAUAUUUUGAUAUUUAAUCAGAAAAUGUGUAAUAACGUAUUUGUUUUUUAGAAUUACUUAAAAAAAGAAAUGGCUUUAUUAGAGAAGUUACACUAGAAAAGAUAAACUAGCUUUAGAAACAUGUGUAAAAUCUAACUGAUGAUGACCUCCGAACAAAAAUUUUCUACUUGUUACCUAUCGGCUUCCUUGGAAUUCUGAAACAAAGGAAAACACAUAAUAUUUAAGCUAUGAAUCAUUAUUUUUUUUAAAGAUAUAGACUCAUGAUUCCAACGGUGUAUGCAAACCAAUUGAGUUACACGCGAAAACGUUUUAGCAUUGGUUUGAAACUUUUGUCUGUCUUUGCCAAUAAAGGAAUGCAACAAUUACAUUUUUGUUCUUACUUGGGAAGAGGGUGUUUUUUUCUUGUCAUAAAAAAACAGAAAAGGAAUUGUUUAUUUUGUGUUUUCGCUUUCUUAAAGGGUAAAAAAGUUUGGGUACAAGUAAAAGCAUCCUUUGAUUGAAUGCUUUCAAAUACACUAUAUGUACAUAUAUAUUCCGAAUAUUUCAGAUAUAGAAUUUUUUUUAAAAGUGAGAAUGAAACUUUAUAAAAUGCAUAUUUAAAUAUAUGUAACAAAUAUUAGAAUCUUGUGAAUAUCUGUAAAUACUUGCAGGAGCGUCGAUGGAAUUUUACCGAUUUACAGAUGAAAUAUUGAAUAUGUAUAUCUACUACAAAGCCUGCUUAUGAAAGAUAAUGAAAAUUGAGUAAAUCUAAAAGUUAAUUU